AUGUCUACCAUCAACCAGGAAUUUUUCAGAUAUCUGACAGUAUUGGCUAUGUGUAGCAUGGCCUUUGCUGAUAACGGUAACGGGGUGGUCGUCACCGCUAGGUCUAGCGACGACUGCCAAGUAACGCCAGUCAUCCAUGUCCUACAGUACCCAGGAUGUGUACCUAAGCCAAUACCAUCAUUUGCAUGUACAGGUCGCUGCAGCAGCUAUCUACAAGUUUCUGGGUCUAAAAUAUGGCAAAUGGAAAGGUCUUGCAUGUGUUGUCAAGAGAGUGGCGAACGAGAAGCUUCGGUAUCGCUCUUUUGUCCAAAAGCCAAACAAGGCGAGAAAAAAUUUAGAAAGGUAACUACAAAAGCUCCACUGGAAUGCAUGUGCCGCCCUUGUACGGGUAUUGAAGAAAGUGCGGUGAUUCCUCAAGAAAUGUCCAACUAUGCCGCCGAUGAGCCACCAAUCAACGGACAUUUUUCUAAAUCUAUUUAA